UUUAAAAUAGACGUUUAAACCGUUGUGAUGUAUAUGGUAUACACCUGCCAGGUAGCUAGCUAGCUUAGCAUAUUGAAGAAUAAAACACUGAACCUAGAGAUGAAGAAAUGUACAGUAGUAAAUCUGGACAAGUUUAUUGAUGAUUUCACUCAUCUGGAACAGGUAACUUUAACAUAAAGUAGGAGGACAGCUAGUUCUUCAGGUAGGUAAGUUAACGUUAGCCCGCUAGCUAGCCAGUAACUAAUCUAGCUAGCUAGCUAGCUAAAUAACUCUUAAAAUAGCCUAUGAGCAGGCUAUGCUGAAUUUGCCUUAAAUUAAUCCUGUCAUGAAAGUGGCAGUAACAACAGUUCCCCCACUGCCUGAGGAUUUCAAUAAAAUUACAGAGCUCAAGGGUAAAAACAACAUAUUGGAGAUCAAGUUGGAUGAGACCAACAGAGUUCUGAAAUUUUCUCAGACCAAAGAGAAGUGCUUGAUUGAAGAGCGAGAUGGGAUGUUGGGGACAGUGAAGGGACUCCAGCAGACUCUACUGCAGCAGUGUGACCUCAGAGUGGAGAAUGAAAAGUUGAAAAGCACUGUGUCAGACCUGAAAAGGCAGAGUGAUAGGACAGUAGAGGAGCGGGAAGCUGAGAUUCAGAGGCUGGUGGCAGAGAUGAGAGCUGUGGGAGAGAGAUAUCAGAAGGAGUUGGAAUCUCUGAGAGACCAGUGCAGGAGAGGGGUGGAGGACACUCACAGAGAAACACAGAGUAAACUUGAGGCGAAAGAUGCAGAACUGAAAGAGGCCCUGGAGAGGAAGGAGUCAGAUAUGGCAGAGAUGAGAAGGAGAUUGAGGGACCAGGAGAGAGAGAGGCAAAGUGAAAUAUUAAAGUUACAAAUGGAGUUUGGUGCUAAGCUUGCCAGGGUGCAGAGUACCACACAGAGGAUCCAGCAGCAGCCCCAGGGCUCAGGUUUUUUACCUCAGAACAUCUUCAAACGGAAGUUCCAGUUCCUUCAGGAGGAGAAGAACAGAGAGGUCGAGGCCCUGCGCCAGAGAAUCAAGGAAUUGGAGAACCAGCACACCAGUGGAUUCAGUGACUCCCGUCUAAAGAGAAAGAAGAUUUAGCAUUUUAAAAUAUUCAGGAGUGAAAUUCAUCUACAGUAGUGCCUUUGUAUUCUUUUUGGUAUAGUGUUCCUGGUGUUUGCUCUCAAAUAGUAGUUGGGUCAUUCUACGAAAUGAGUGCUUUUUCAUUGUUUAAAUAGAAAUUGUGCACCAAUAUUGAAUUUUAAAAGCCUGUUAUAUUAAUUGAAGUGCCCUUUAAUAUAGACCACAUGGAGAAUUCAAUAAAUCCGAUUUUUUUAUAUGAGUAAAGACUUGCGCCCUCUGUGACUUCUAGGAAAUAUUUUAAUCCACUUAAUCUCAACAUUUCGGCACAUUUUCACCAUCAUUGUAAAGCCCUAGUUAUUAUGUUGCUUUGACAAAGUAAUUUCUGAAGAGUAUUAUUUAUAUAAUGUGAUUGGUGAUUAAUUU